AUGGUACUGAAGGUCACCCACCAAAUUAUUACUUCUCUCUUAUUUCCUCAAGAAGAGAUUAGCAAGGCAAACAAAAAAGAAUUAGAAGUUUUGUGGUGCAUGAUUAACAAGCCCAAGGAAGUCCCUCGUUUUGGGUGUUGGGAAGUUCAGAAGAUGCUCGAAAAUGCCAUGAGCAAUGGUGGCCAGCUACAUUGUGGAGGCAUGGUAUCUAUUAUAGCUGAACAUCUUGGCCUCCAUCUACCUAACAAUCUAACCAAUAUAAUUAUGGGCCGUACUCUUUUAUCACUUGAGGUUCUGGAAAUCAUGCAUCUUUUCCACCGUAAUUCCAAUGGAGAUGUUCAUUGGACCAUCGAUGGUAAAGAAUAUCUACGCAUCAACAGCCAAAAUAAGAGGAUAUUAGCCUUAGCCAAUGAUAUCCCAUCUUCCAAUUGGAAGCUCCAGUCCAACUUGGGUGUUAAUGUAACCCGUAGAUCUUCAGCUACCAUUCCUAAUCCUUCUGCUCCAACUCCAACUGUAGGUGCUUCUAGCUCGUCUCACCCCUUUCCUUUCCACGAACACAACCAUUACAUGGGCGAGUUUGCACGCUUAGAUCAUCAUUACACGAGCCUCCACCAGUAA